CCUGCGCACUCAGGCCCCGCCCCGUGCGUCACCAGUGUUUUCGAGAAGACUCCGGCGCCUCGGCUGUCAGCUCCAUUUUGCGCUCGGAGUUCGUCGCUGUCGCCUACACGCGUCCCACCGUCGCCUUGCGAGCUUUGUCCCCGGCGUUGGUGUCUCUGCGGAACGAUGAGACAUUCAAAGAGAACGUACUGUCCCGCCUGGGAUGGAGGAGAUUGGGAUUAUGGAACAUGGAGAAGCAGCAGCAGCCAUAAAAGAACAAAGCGAUCACAUAGCGGUGCCCGCGAGCAUAAGCGCUGCAGAUAUGAUCACUCCAAAACUACUGACAGCUAUUACCUGGAAAGCAGAGCCAUAAAUGAGAAGGAUUAUUACAGUCGACGCUAUGUUGAUGAGUACAGGAGUGACUACAUGGGCUAUGAGCCAGGCUAUCACUGGGGAGACCAUGAAAGCAGGUACCAGAACCAUAGCAGCAAGUCCUCUGGCAGAAGUGGAAGAAGCAGCUACAAAAGGAAACACAGGAGCCACCGCGUCACCUCUCACCGUCGCUCACAUGGGAAGAGUCACCGAAGGAAAAGAACCAGGAGUGUAGAGGAUGAUGAGGAGGGUCACCUGAUCUGUCAGAGUGGAGACGUACUAAGUGCAAGAUAUGAAAUUGUUGAUACUUUAGGUGAAGGUGCUUUUGGGAAAGUAGUGGAGUGCAUCGAUCAUAAAAUGGGAGGUAGACAUGUAGCAGUAAAAAUAGUUAAAAAUGUGGAUAGAUAUUGUGAAGCUGCUCGGUCAGAAAUACAAGUCUUGGAGCACUUAAAUACGACAGACCCCCACAGCACUUUCCGCUGUGUCCAGAUGUUGGAGUGGUUUGAGCAUCGUGGUCACAUUUGCAUUGUGUUUGAACUUCUGGGGCUUAGUACUUACGACUUCAUUAAAGAAAAUAGUUUUCUGCCAUUUCGAAUGGAUCAUAUCAGGAAGAUGGCAUAUCAAAUAUGCAAAUCUGUAAACUUUCUGCACAGUCAUAAGCUGACACACACAGACUUGAAGCCUGAGAACAUCUUACUGGUGAAGUCCGACUACACAGAGGCUUACAACCCCACAACGAAACGUGAUGAGCGCACAUUAAUACAUCCCGAUAUUAAAGUUGUAGACUUCGGAAGUGCAACGUACGAUGAUGAACAUCACAGUACAUUGGUGUCUACAAGGCAUUACAGAGCGCCUGAAGUUAUCUUAGCUCUAGGGUGGGCGCAGCCAUGUGAUGUCUGGAGUAUAGGAUGUAUUCUUAUUGAGUAUUACCUUGGGUUCACGGUCUUCCCGACUCAUGAUAGCAGGGAACAUUUAGCAAUGAUGCAAAGGAUUCUUGGACCACUACCAAAGCACAUGAUACAGAAAACCAGGAAACGUAAAUAUUUCCAUCGUGAUCAAUUAGAUUGGGAUGAACACAGCUCUGCUGGCAGAUACGUUAAGCGGCGCUGUAAGCCUCUGAAGGAGCUUAUGCUAUCUCAGGAUGCCGAACAUGAGCUGCUUUUUGACCUCAUUGGGAAAAUGUUGGAGUAUGAUCCAGCCAGAAGAAUUACUCUUAAAGAAGCUCUAAAGCAUCCUUUCUUUUACCCACUUAAAAAACAUACAUGAUUUAUAAAUACGCAUAGUGCUCUGAAAGAGAUCUUGGACUGCAUCAGUCUAGUUUUUAACUAUUAAGUUAUUUUGUAUAGCUUUGUACAUUUCUUAUGUUUUGUAUUGUUUGUUUAGAUGAUUUAAAUACAUGGCCAAGCCAAAUAACAAGUAUCUUGUAAUUAUAGAAUGAUUUAUUUGGAAUAAACUUUGCACUUAUGAAUUUAUAA